AUGUUCCUCUUGCGAUCGUGCAUCCUUCUGACCACGUCUCGACUACCUCGUUUUGCACCUGCAUUUUGCACUCAAGCACGCCAAACGCAAACGUUGCGCUUCUUCAACAAACCAGUGUGUCACGGACAGCUUCUGAAACGACCCCUUUGUGGCUCUGCUCUUCGUACCAACAUGUCUUCCGCCUCUGCUGAUCAGCAAAAAAUCGCCGAGCUCCAGGCAGCUCGUGCCGAACAGGACGACAAAGUGCAACAGCUGCGAGCUGCCAACACGGAACCCUCGACGCUCAAGGCCGAGAUUGGCAAACUCAAGAAGCUCGAAGCUCAACUCGCCGGCAUGGGUCUCGGCUCUGCUAAAGCAGGCUCGUCCAAGCAGGAGGUCAAGUUCACGCUCAAGACGCCCAAAGGUACGCGUGACUGGGAACCGCUCUCCAUGUCGCUCCGCAAGCGCAUCUUUUCCACGAUCGAAGACGUGUUCACCGCGCAUGGUGGAGUCACCAUUGACACGCCGGUGUUCGAGCUCAAGGAGAUUCUCUCGGGCAAGUACGGUGAGGACUCGAAGCUUAUCUAUGAUCUUCAGGAUCAGGGCGGUGAACUCUGCUCGCUUCGAUACGAUCUUACGGUGCCGUUUGCAAGGUUUGUCGCUAUGAACCAGAGCGAGUAUGGAAACAUCAAGCGCUACCACAUCGCCAAGGUAUACCGUCGUGACCAGCCCGCCAUGUCCAAGGGAAGGUUCCGAGAGUUCUACCAAUGCGAUUUCGACAUUGCUGGCAUCUACGACCCAAUGGUACCUGACUCGGAGGCGCUCUGCGUACUCGUCGAGGCUCUCGAUGCGCUUGGAAUCGAAGCGUUCACCAUCAAGCUCAACCACAGGAAAAUUCUCGAUGGUCUCUUUGACAUCUGUGGCGUACCUGCCGACAAGAUUCGCACCAUCAGCUCCGCCGUGGACAAGCUCGACAAGAGUCCCUGGGCCGAAGUGAAGCGCGAAAUGGUCAGCGACAAGGGCCUCGCUGAGGACGUCGCGGAUCGCAUCGGCGAGUAUGUCAAGCUCAAGGGAGGCAAAGAUUUGUUGGCCAAGUUGAAAGCGGAUCACGUCAUGAUGGCUCACCCGGUAGCGUCGCAAGGUGUCAAAGACAUCGAGUUGCUCUUUGACUAUCUCGAUGUCUACGGCAUUUCGGACCGUAUGAGUUUCGAUCUCAGCUUGGCCAGAGGUUUGGACUACUACACCGGUCUCAUCUACGAAGCUGUUACCGCCGCUUCGGCUCCACCUGGAUUCAACGCGGCUGAGGCUGCUUCUGCCGGUGGUGCAGACAACAAGUCCAAGAAGCCCAAGAAGAAGGGUGCGGAUGGAGAAGAGGAAGUGGACGAGUCUUCCGUAGGUGUAGGAUCCAUCGCUGCUGGUGGACGAUACGAUAAUUUGGUCGGCAUGUUUUCCGGAAGCAAGAAGCCCGAUGCUGUACCCUGCGUAGGAAUUUCCAUCGGUGUCGAGCGCGUUUUCGCCAUCAUGAUGCAGCGUCUCAAGGAAAAAGAAGGCAAAGGAGAACGUUCCACCGUUCGUUCCAAAGAGACCGACGUUUUCGUCAUGUCGAUUGGUGGAGAAGGAUUGCUGAAAGAACGAAUGCAAGUCACCAAGAUGCUCUGGGAUGCUGGUAUCAAGGCCGAAUUCAUGCACAAGGCCAAGCCCAAACUGCCGCAGCAGUUCGGCGUGGUGGACAAGGAAGCCAUCCCAUUCGCCGUCAUCUUGGCGCCUAACGAGUGGAACGGCGAAACGAGAGAGGUGCGUGUCAAACAGCAAAAGGGCAAGGAUUCGGAUGAAGGCCAAGGUCAAGGUGACCUGGUCAAGCUGGAUAAUCUGGUCGAGUAUCUCAAAACGUUGGGUGCUGGAAAGGGCGCUGUUGCGCUGGGCCAGAGGGAGAGCCUCAUUUGA